AUGCCUCUUCCUACUGAUAAACACAUUUUGGAGACCAGUCAGGGGCUGGUCGAGACACUUCACGAUAUUUUUGGACCUCAUCCAGGCUUCCGACCAGCACCGCACUUCAACCAACCAUCCACCCCUGUAAUCGCCCGGUUCUCGAAUUCCACUGGGCUGCCAAACGUUCCGGACAACAACUCCAACGCCGAACCCCGUGGCUUCGCGCUGCGAUUCCAGCUUGCUACUCAGCCCCGACGCGUCCACACAGAUAUCAUCGCGCACAGUGUGGAUGCCUUUCCAGGCUCCAAUGGCGACGAGGCGCUUGCUUUCUUCAAGGCACUGAAAGAUGGCACGGUCGAAUCGUUCCUCAACACUCACCCUAAGGCACUAGCCUUCGUACAGGCGCCCAAACCGGCCCCCGCAAGCUUUGCCAACGAGCAGUUCUUCGGCGUCAAUGCCUUCAAGCUAAUCGAUUCGGGUGGGAACGAAACGUACGUGCGAUACAGGAUCGUUCCGGCCGCUGGACUGAGAACUUUGGGUGAUGAGGAGGUCAAGGAGAGGAGUGAGAACUACUUGUUCGACGAGAUACCGAAGUUGGUCGAAACUGGGCCCGUGGUGUUCACUUUGAAAGCGCAGGUCGCUGAAAACGGAGACAUCACUGAUGAUGCCUGUGAGCACUGGCCAGAUGAGAGACAGGUGGUAGAUCUAGGUACGAUUUCUCUCAAGGGUCUGGAAGAGAAUGAUGCUGCGGAACAGAAGCACAUUAUCUUUGAUCCUGUCCCAAGGGAUGUUCCUGGGCUUGAAGCAUCUGCCGACCCCUUGUUGGCAGUCCGAGCCGGGGUCUAUCUUAUUAGCGGCCGAGAGCGACGUGCUGCAUGA